AUGCUUGAUUGUCAGAUUGAAAAGAUAGUCCUGUUUCUGUUGGAGCAACAAGGGCUACUUGCAGGAAGGAUAGCCAAGCUUAACGAAGAUCAGGAUGCUCUACAACAAGAGCCAGAUAUAGCGAAGCUAUCCCAGUUGCGGGAAAAUUAUAGGGAUGUCGGGAGGGACCUUUUGAAGCUUCUUUUCUUUGUUGAAAUAAAUGCUGUGGGCCUGCGUAAGAUCCUGAAGAAGUUUGAUAAACGUUUCGGUUAUCGAUUCACCGAUUACUAUGUGAAGACUCGAGCUAAUCAUCCUUAUUCCCAGCUUCAGCAAGUGUUCAAGCAUGUGGGUCUUGGGGCAGUUGUUGGAGCCAUAUCCCGCAAUCUUCAUGAACUUCAGGAGCAUCAAGGAAGUUUCUUAUCCAUUUAUGAUCAAUCUGUGCUUCCGCUUGAGGACUCUGUUGUUGAUGCAAUGAAAGCGGCAGUUGACGGUUAA